AUAAAUUAGAUUUGAUAUGAUAAAAAUACUAAGAUUGUAUUGGUGUCUUAAAACCAUUGUUAUCAUGCAUCAAGGUACAAGCAAUAAACAAACUUAAAAACUUAGUAGGACUACAUUGAUGAAUUGGAUGUUAUUUUCCCAUGAACUACUUUUUCAGUGACAUUUGUUAAAUAGCUAUGUGCCUUUUCAGAAAGACUUUAUUUCUUACUUAGACCUAACCCUCCUCUUGACAAGUUGGCUCACUUACUAAUAAGGGUGCAAUACAAGUGUUAUUGUUAUCAUUUCAAAUGCGUGGAAGAAAGUGACAAUACAACUCUCAGGAAUGCAGCUUGUUAUUUGGAAAAAAGAGGGCUCUCAAUUCUGGUGAUAGAUUUGAUAGAUAAGGGUCAAUUGUUGAAACUAGUAAUGGGCGAAUCCACCAUUUUGUACCACUAGUGAUAUCUGGCAUUAAUAUUCUCGUCCAAAAUAAAAAUAAAAUCUUGUAAAUGUGUAUGGAAAGUAAGGCUAGGAAAGCUAGCUCAUAUAUCAGCGUGGAUCUUCGUGAGCAGGAGCGCCGCGCCAGGCUUUUAUUGCUUGAUGGAAUCAGAGAGCCUUCCCCACAACCCAUCUUUGGAGAACCAGUUAAGGUUGAGCUAGAAGAUGAAACAGCUCGUCGUAUUAAAAAUACUUUAGGCGACGUUACUCAGGUGCUCAUAAAUGAUCCGAAAAGCCUUAUUGGCAUUUCUAGGUCAGCUCCGAAUUCCAUUUACACAUCAAAUGGGCAUCAAGUAUCUGGACAUCCUUCAAGUAGUCAUCCUAUGUCUGGACUUCCAUCAAAUAGUCAUCCAAUGUCUGGGCAUUCAUCUAAUAGUCAUCCUAUAUCUGGGCACACCAAUAGUCAUUCGUUGUCUGGAAAUUCAUCUAAUAGUCAUCUAAUGUCUGGGCAUUCAUCUAGUAGUCAUUCAAUGUCUGGGCAUCAACCCAGUAGUCAUCCAAUGUCGGGACAUUCAUCCAAUAGUCAUUUAGUUUCAAGCCAUCAAACAAACACACAUUUAAUGUCUGGACAUCAAUCGAAUACUCAUCCGUUUACAGGACAUCAAACAAUUGCUCAUUCUAUAGCUGGCCAUCAAUCUAAUACUCAUCCAAUUACAGGACAUCCAUCUAAUACUCAUCCAAUGACAGGACAUCCAUCUAGUAGUCAUCCAAUAACUGGACAUCCAUCUAAUUCUCAUUUAAUAUCUGGACAUACAUCAAGUAGUCAUCCGAUUACUGGCCAUCCAUCAAAUAGUCAUUCGUUAACUGGGCACUCCACUAACAGUCAUUUAAUUACUGGGCAUCCAAAUAAUAGUCAUCCAACAACAGGACAUCCGUCAAAUAGUCAUCCACUACCUGGACAUACAACAGGUGGACUUCCGUCAAAUGGUUACCAUAUGACAGGGCAUCCAGUUAAUGUUAAUCAUCCAAUUCCGGGGCAUCCAUCAAACGGACAUCCAAUAUCUGGCUAUACAGCAACUGGCUAUUCAGGAGCUGGCCAUGUCAAUGCACCUUCCAGGCCUCAGGCAGCUUCCAAAAAGGUACCUAUACCUGCCAACAAUAAUCUAAAUGUGUCUAAACCAUCUAAUCCUAAUAUGCCAAAUAUGUUUCCAAAAGUAGCACCAGACAAAAGAAAUUCUUAUAACAGGCAAAAGCCAGACUCGCCUGUAACCUCAAAGCCAUUUCAUACUUCUAGUUUUAACUCCGUUGAAAUUACUCAGCACCAAAUUAUGCAACCGCAUUACCAGGCACAAGACAAUAGGGCAUGGAAUACAGAACAAAAGAAAACUAGUAGUAAUUUACCUUUCUCUGUUAACUUAAAUUUUAGUGGUGGUACAUAUAAUAAUGUUACCAUUGGUGAUAUUAAUGUGCACAGUGGUACUACUUCUGCCCCUAUCUGGAGUUGCGGUCCUGAAACCCCCGCCAUUCAAGUGACACCAUUUCAUCUACCUCCUUGUGUAACUCCGUCUACUGCCAUUAAACCCGUAUACAAUUUUCCUGGAGUGGCGCCCAAUUUGCAACAGAAAUUUGAUAUUGCAAAUAAUACUUCUCCUGUAAAGCGUCCCGUAAACCGGCCAAGCCAUCUCAAAAUUGAACGAAAACCUACCAGUCCCAUUGGAGUAGAAACCAUCCUAAAAGAAAUGACAAAACCCGUUCCUGCCCCUUUAACUGCAAUCCAGACUCCAAGAACUGAGGAGACUGGAUUUGCAUUUCCACCCGAGCCGAAAGAGGAACUAAUCGUUGUGAAAACUGAUGAAAAAGCCAAUCCUUCCAAUAUUCCCCAAGAGCAAAAAUCAUCAUAUAUUUGCCAACCAUCACCAAUUGUGAAGUCUGUCAGCCCUUUCCCAAAUCUGCAAUCCCAGAACCAACUUCAAACUGGUUUAGUGACUGUGAAAAUUGAAAAACCAGAACCUCCUGCGUAAGUACCAUGUUUUUAUUUAUUUAGUCUUGAUGAUAAACAAAGUAAGUUUUUAAUUUUUUAUGACUGACAUAAUAAUUUUGCUCAAUAUCUUUAUAAACUAAUUCAGCGUCACCCAAAUGCUUGUCA